AUGAAGACCUACGGCAGGCUGGGUAGGUCCAAAUGGACGCGACGGGACGAAGAAACACAUUGUGCAAGUUUCAGCGAAGACGAAGCUCUUUCAGAGUCAUUUGAAAGCGAAGACUGCGGCGAUUUCAUAACUCCAAAAACAAGUAUCGACUUGACAGCGGAAAUCAGGGAUUCAAAAGCCGUGAACAACCCAGAUCAACGCCAGACGUUGCCAAACACGUUGCAACCGGAACUGCUCGAUUUUCUGGAUCAACCAGUGCUAAAAAAACGUAAGAAAACGCUUCAUCCAAAACCUUACGCGAUUUACGAAGAUGCAGAUGAGCCCGAUUGCGAGGUUUCGCAGACUUUCCUUUCGAGUCAAGCCGAGAAAAGUUUCCAAAGCACCAUUGAUGAAGCUAACACCAUGUUGUCGCAGCUGGGAGAAUCGCAAAUGGAUCCUACAAAAGAGAACGCGUUUGCUGCACUUGAAGAACCGUCUGAGGUGUGGACCGCUACCGAUCUAGCGUCAAAAAAAUUGUACGGCAAGACUCGAACCAUUGUGCAAAACGCUAAUGACGAUGACAUCGACGACGAUAUCGGCAUUGUUGAAGCACUGCCGGAAAGUGAACGCACGUAUUUAGAUGACGAGAUAGAUGGUUCGCAGUCACAGUCUACGCAGCAUUUCAACCACCUCCGCGACAUGGGGGAAGCUUUGAAGUACCAGGAUGAAUUGGAAUUUUUUUUGCAUGAAAAUUCGAAGACUAACUCUGAUACCAAAAUUGCUAGCCUGCUUGGCUUGGCUUUGAAUAUGCUAAAUGACACUAAGAUGCUAGACUAUGCAGUGAAGCAGAGUCAAUUGGAAAUCUGGGAAUGGUGCACGGGUCUGUGUGCAAAUUCCAAUGAUUUAAUUUUGCACGUUUGUUCUUUCAUCCUCAACGCAGUCGCUGUGAACCCUAAAAACAUUGCAUCAGGUCAAAUAAACUUUCACGAACUUGUACUCCCACUUUUAAAACAGCUAAGCGUCGUUUCCACCGACGCCUGCACUGAUCACGUCAAAAACAAUUACGAAGAGUUCCUAAAACUUACCGACAGAAAACCAGGCCUAUUCUAUGGACUCAAGCUGUGGAACCUUUGUCUAGACAAAUCGAAGAGUACAGACGACUACAAUGCUUCGGAUACUAUUUUACAAGCGUUGAAAAAUAGUCAAUCGUACGCCAGUGAUGCAUUCGUUAUUGCCCUGAAAGUUCUUACCAAAAGCACAAUGCAUCAGAAGUCUCGAUCGGAAUGGCUCAAGGCACUAACACCAUUUUGUUGCUCGCAGGCGACCAACCAAGACCUCGUAAAAGUUCUCGUGAGAUUAACGAAUGAUGCAUUUGAAAUAUGUGAUGGAAUGGCAGAUGUGUUACAUUGUUCCCUUGCUUUCACCCUCACUAACUCUGCCCUUCUACUGCAACACGGUCAAGGAGAUUUGAUUGAGGUUUUCGUAUUGCACUUGGGAUUAUGUUUGAACUUGGCUCAAAUCAAGAGUCUUGUACAAAUUGUGCCCCACAGCACUGUUCAACGGACAUACGAGGUACUGCAGGAAAUCCUCGAAUGUUCUGAGCAGCAUUCACAGCAAGAUUUCAACCAAAAUAUGUUUGUUUUAAUAUGCUGCUAUUUUGCAUGUUCUGGAUGUUUAACGUUUCAGCCGGCUGAGAACGACCAAAUCCAAAUACGAUUGCAGGCAUUUGCUGAAGAGAUCGAACCCUUUAAUAAGAGCAUCCAUACUAACGUACGGCAAGUGCUAGAUGCCAUUUCUGUAUAG